AUGGACCCCUAUAAGAACAUCGACCUUGAUGCGUGUGCAGCCUUUCUCAGGGACAAUGCUAUAGGAUAUAAACUAACGAAGGCUGCGUAUGAAGGUAUUCGUGAAGUAAGGUACACUGAUUUGAAUCGCAACAUGAUAGAUACCUCUAAACCGAUGUAUGCUCUAGCAAACACCUGCCGUUAUGUACAUAGUAUCGCUGGAGUAGAGAGCAGUUGUUUAGCAAAAGAUACUUUCAUCCUCGACUACACUCUUAGCACCAACUUGUUAGGUAAAGCACUGUAUGGCGAAGCAGACUGUGUGGAACUACCUUUCAAAGUUAACUGGGUAGUGGCCAGAUUGUAUACUGGUCAGCCAAGAAAGGUGCAUAUACCAGACGAUUUGAGGAAGAUACUCGAAGAAGGCAUCGUAAGGGAUCUAGAUAGAUUUGUUGACAUGACUUGUAUAUACACAAGGAAUGUGACAAGAUCUGAUGCUUAUAGGUUAGUUGCAUUGUUUCGGUCCGGUGCAUACGUGCAGUGCAAGCUAACGAGAUUGGUCAAAGGAUGCUUGAUCUACUUAGACCAUCUUGAGAGUGGGAAAAAGACAUACGCGAGAGCUGAUCUCCAAACUCUAGAUUAUAAAGUGAAGGAUCUUUUGGCCGCAAUGAGUUUCAGAAGCAACACGGCUUACGUGUACGCCAAGCAUGAGGAGGAUCCAGCAUAUAGCCUGAUAUUGUAUGCAAUGUGUCAGCAGUACCCGAGCCCACUCUUUGGCGGUGUGGAUCAUGUUAAGAUACCAGCUGAUGGUGAUGUUAUCUACUUAGUUGGUUCCUCGCCGGUGAAACAUUACCGUAAUGUUGUGGUGUCACAUCAGCAGGUAAUGGCUUCACUGAUUACCUACGCUGAUCAGUUUUGGCUAGAGGAAGAGUUGGAGUCAGCAAUGAUAAUAGCGUGCUCGCUAAGGCAGAACAGGUAUCUUGAGGUUGUUGGUUUACCAGCUGUUGUUAGCCAAUGUGAUUUGGUCUACCCUGCUUUGAGUGGGAAUGAUGCUGGAGGAGUAAGAGAAAAAACUUUUUUGGCUAAGGAAGCUGCAGUUAUGUUAGGUAGGUUUCACCAGAUGGCUUGUUUAGUUAUGUUCAAGGAUCUCGACACCAGUUUUAGAAACGUUCCGGAACGUAAUAGGACUAUGAGGUCGUUUUUGGGUAUGGGUAGUUGUAGGCUCACUGAGUAUAUGGAGGAUCAAAUGAGUAGUGGGAUGCUGCAUAUGUCUAAAGGCUUGAUUUGGUUAAAGUAUAUUCAAGAUGAUGAGCAAGGGUUUAAGAGCCAAAUCAGUGUUGGUGGCCAGCUCGAUUGUUUUGAGGUUUUCAAGGAGGAAGUUGUUCUUGGUGGUGGUGAUCCUGAAAUGAAAUUCGCAGAUGGAGCUUAUAAUGUGAGUUUGGCUUGCAUUAGGGACAUUGACACAAACAUACCUAAGAAGAUUAUUACAUUCACGCACCGAGGUACAUCGUCUUUCAACUUUUGA